AACUGUGCGUCAUUACCCAGUGAUCGACAUGCGUCAUAGCGCAGUUUUCAGUCGCCUCAUUGUCCGCGGGUUGUGCCGGCCGCUAAUGAGGCCAAACAACGCCAAAUCCCAAUCAGGGCGGUGGCGGCCGCGACGCCAGGCCAGGCGCAGCCGAGCUCUCACUGCCGACAUGCUCAUCCUGUUCGUGGCACUGCUGGUGCAGAGUGUCGCGGGGCGGAGCCCGGCGGGGAGCGGCGGGCGGCGCGCGCCCUCCAUAUCGUUGCAGCUCUACGACUUGGAGCCGUGCAAGGACGAGCCCGGCAACCUCCUCGUCAGCAACUUCACCUCUGUCCGAGAAAAAAACGGCAUCUACCACUACUAUGCACAUGUACUGUUGAAGAAAGUGCUGAAAUUCAUUUCCAAGCUAGAGGUAAACGUUACGCAGUGCGUCGACGCCGUGUCCUACAAUACGUGCUCCUACUUGACCACGUUAAGGUUUACCACUGCAGUUUGUACUUUGAUGACUGCGGACUCGUUACCUUGGUCCACCAUGAUCAAAGCACUAUACCCCUCUUUUCGAUGCCCGAUGGCUGCAUGUGUUCCUUCUAUUUUAGGGAAAGUACGAGAUGAGAAACGCGACAGUCAACAUGGCAGCUAUACAGAAGUUAGCUGGUUCCUCUAUUGGAGAUGUGCUGGGAAAAGUAUUCAUAGCUGAACUAAGCCUGUCCAACGAGCAAUAUCAACUGUUUAGCUGCUUCAAAUUAAAGGCUAGUUUCAUAGGAACAAGAACCUGAUAUACGGCACUUGGCCUUGGCAGUUCGAAUUCACGGAAUAAAUUGCGUUUAACUUAA